GUGGGAUGUGACUGUAACAGUCGAGUAGGAACUGUAACAUCAGAGAGAACUAGUUUGAUUUUCUCAGCAACACAUUUUUAAGCUUAAUUUUUUGUAGAAAUCAUCUCUGUGCUCCAUGUCUGCUUCAAAUGGAACUUCACGUACUAAGUUUUCUACAGUGCGAUCUUUUGCUGGUGACACCGUCACUCUACACUGUAAACUCUCUCCUAAAAUCAAUAAAGUUACCAGAGAGAUCAGAUGGUUUAAGGGGACAGAGUGUAUUCACCAGGAGGUCCAUGAGAAGGGGGGGGAGCAUAUGUGGGCAAAACUGACACUGAGAAAUGUUAAAGUCAUGGAUUAUGGACAGUACAGGUGUGAAGCUCAUGGAGAGAGGAAAGAAGAAGUUGCCAUUAUUUAUCUGCAUGUUGCAGAGUUGAAACUCGUUACUGAACCAGACCCUUCAUCUAAUUUCAAGAUUAAGAUCAAAACAUUUAUAGACACACUUGACACAAUUAAUACCUUGGCUGAAGAUGAAGCCACUCUGCCCUGUUACCUCUCUCCCGAAAGGAGUGCCGUUGACAUGGAGAUUAGGUGGUUUAAGGGGACAGACUGUAUUUGUCUGUACCAGAAUGGGCAGGUGAAACAGGGGAAGGGCUACGAGGGAAGAGUAAGGCUGCUCACCCAUAACCUGGAGGAAGGAAAUGUGUCUUUAAUGCUGAGCAAUGUUCAGAAAUCUGAUGUUGGAGAGUACAAAUGUGAAGUUACUCAUCAAGAAUGCAAGCUAGAAAUCAGUGGUGUCUAUCUACAAAUGCCAGAUUUUAAACUAAUCUCCAAACCAGAAGAACACUUUACAUUCUGGAUGAGAAAAACAUCUAUUGCUAAGCCUCACAUCAUUAAAACCUAUGCUGGUUAUGAUACCACUCUGUUGCCCUGUUACCUCUCUCCUAAAAUGAGUGCUGUUGCCAUGGAGAUUAGAUGGUUUAAGGGUACAGACUGUAUUUGUGUGUACCAGAAUGGGCAGGUGAAAGAGGGUAAGGGCUAUGAGGGAAGAGUGUGUCUGCUUACCCAUGAGCUGGAGGAGGGAAACGUGUCUCUGAUGCUGAGCGAUGUUCAAGUGUCUGAUGGUGGAGAGUACAAGUGUGAGGUGACUCAUGAAGAAUACAAAGUAGAAAACAGUGGAGUGGACCUACAAGUGUCAGGUAAUUAUUGA